GUUGAAAUGUUGCACUCUGCUUUUCGGAAAGAACUGGAGAAAGCAAAGUUCUGUGUUCAACAGCAAAGCCAAAGGCUUGAUGCUUCCCAGAAACGGAUAGCUGAACUGGAAUCUCAGCUUGCUAAAAAGGACCACCUGUUCCUGGAACAAAAGAAGUACCUAGAAGAUGUUAAAAUUCAAGCAAGAGGUCAGCUGCAAGCAGUAGAAAGUAGAUACAAGGCCCAGAAGAGAAUCACACAGGCAUUUGAGCUGGAGAUCUUAGAUCUGUUUGGCCGGCUAGAGAAGAGCAGCCUGCUGAAAAAACUUGAAGAAAAAGCAGAAGCAGCUGAAGCAGCAGAGGAAAGGCUGGAUUGUGGCAGUGACGGUUGUGCAGACGCCGUGGCAGGACACAGUGAAGAAACCAUUGGUAGAAACGGAGAGACCAAACCUGCGAGCGCGCGGGGCGGCAGCAGCAGCAAGGGCGGCAGCAGCAGCGAGCUCUCCACCCCAGAAAAACCCCAGAACCAGAGAUUGAGCAGUCGCUGGGAGACAUCCGUGUUGCUGGAGCCCUCGACUACUGUUCCCCUGACUGUAGGUUCCCUCCCCAGCUCCAAGAGCUUCCUUGGAAUGAAGGCACGAGAAUUAUUUCGCAACAAGAGCGAGAGCCAGUGUGAUGAGGAGGGCGUAACCAUCAACAGCCUUGCUGAUACUCUAAGGAGCGAACUCUGUAAAGAUCCAAGCCUGGAGAAGAAGGCCCAUCCGAGCUCCGACAACCUUAGCCUUUCCCCCAAGAUCCAGGAGAGCAGUGUUGGACAGCUUCAUAUCAUGGACUACAACGAAACUCAUCAUGACCACAGUUAAAAAGGAGGAUAGUCAAUCAGUGUUAUUUUCAUAUUCUUGGCAUAGAACAGGAGGCGUGAAUGCAAGUUUAACUAAAAGCUUUUAUGUUUCUUUGGUCUGAGCAGCUAGCUCAUGCAGUGGAAUAGGAUUGAUGUCCGGGAUUGGAAAAUGGCUGCUGAAUGAAUGCAAAGUGAUUUUUUGGGGUCUGGAAUUGUAAUGCCCAGCCUAACUCUUGCUUCUUUCUCAAAUUCAGUCUUUAGCAGCGUGUACUAAUUUGAAGGGACAUCUGUUAGCAUUGCAGGUAUUUUUUUUCCUUUCUCCCUGUCCCCAGUGAGCAGCUGCAUUUAUGAACUUGAGUGCAAUAUGAGGCCAAAUUAACAUUUGUGACUCUACUAUGAAUGCUUUGUAUUUCCUUGCAAGCUUCCAGUUUAGAGCAGUUAAUUAUGCUGCCUGUCCAGGUGACUUCUUCGGUUAUUUUUAUCCUGGAAGGGAGCAAAACUAGAAUUUCUAGUGCAUUCAUCUAAAGGUCUAUAUUUUACCUGUUCACUGUCCCACUUCCCUUGGAGUCCAGUUUUCAUUAAUUUGGACUCUGAUCAAAUAACUAAAUGUUUAAAGAAGAAUGUACAUCUGCAAAGCGAUUGACACCCUAAUUCAUAAUCAUUGUUCAUACUGUCCUUAACAUUUCUUGGAAGUUGCAUUGGAACGGACGAUGAGGAACUGGAGCUUGUAAUGCAGAGACCAUAGAUGCUGAAGACUUGUUAGAACACUAGCUUCUGAUUUUUUUAACUGACCGCUUUUAGUUAAAUCUAAAAAUGCUGUCUUUGUCAAGUUAAUCUGUUCCCUGCCUCGCUCUUUGUAAGCAUGUUAAACAAUCCACAUUAAAUGCCAUAAAUAUGAAAUAUGAGGAAAUGGUACAAUCCUAAGCUAAAGAGAACUUAAACCAAAAGGAGGUUUUUGCUGUCCUUAUUAGAAUGUUCUAAAAUGUCAAGGCAGUUGCUUGUGUUUAACUGUGAACAAAUAAAAUGUAUUGUUUUGCACUA